GUCACCUUUGUCAAAUUAUAAUGUAAAUAUCUCCGAGAUUUCUUUAAAAAAAUUAGAAUAUUAAAUUUCAGGAUGUAUGAAGGCAAAUUCCUGUAGUGAAUGAGUUUGCGCGAAACGGGUUUAGUUAUUUUUAAGAAUCAGUGCCGCUGCCACGAUGGGUACCAAUGGCAGCAAGGCAUGUGCACGGAAAGUUGAUUGUUCUACUAGUAAUACUAGUUUAUCUGAUUUGAGAUACAUAGUGACAGAAAAGCCGAAAUGGAAAGUUUUCAAAAAGACAGAAAUAAAAGCGGUACCAAACCGCUGUCACGAAGGGCUGGUACCUGAUAAGGGGUGCAAUUGCGGGAAAUUCGAGCCCUGCAGGCAACGGGUUACGCCGAAGGGAGUCACCAUACAUUAUCCAAAGAAGACCAAAAAGAAUAAAAAACCCAAAUCUUUGAAUAAGAAGGGCCAUGCGUUCAACUUCUCUCUCAACUUUGGAUCGCCGCCCUCAACCUUUACUAAGUAACAAAUGUGCAGACCUUCAAAAGUUUUUUUCAUCAUCUCUGUAAAAUUUCUGUUAUUUUAAUAUUUUGUUGUAUUUAAAUUAUUUUUGAUGAUAAAUAAUUAUGUUCAAAAAAGCUUUACUUAAUAAAUGUGUGUCACACAUAA